UGACCACUCACGUCCAGCUAGUACCGAGGUCAAGAAAAUGUGGAUCCAUACAUCCAUUACCCCAUACGUCUCUAUAACGAAGUGCUAAAUUUGAUAAGCACCUUACGCGUGAUAUUUGUCGUCAUAAUGAAAUUUGGCGUUACCACGGCAACAAACUGUCGAGUGUGAACAGGUUGCAUAAAAGUAAUGUAAUAAGUCACAAGCGAGAAGUCUUCCAGUCUAUCGUGUAUAUUCUAGCGACCGCAAUGGAGAUGGAAAUGUCGGACCCCAACUCACUGCAAGACAACGACGCGCCCACGGAGACGCGCAUUCCGCAGCCUGCGGAAGUCACCGCAACAGACAAGGUGCCGCAAAUCCUGGCUACGAUAGCAGCCAAUAUUAUCGUGGUCUCAGCAGGAACCCUCCUGUCAUGGACUUCGCCCGCCACUCCAAUGCUGCAACACCAAGACAGUCCUUUCAGGAUAACAGAUCAUGAAGCUUCGUGGGUUGGGUCCUUGUUGGCGCUCGGCGCGGCGUUUGGAGGGCCUCCGUUUGGUAUGUUGGUGAACAUGGUGGGCCGCAAGUUGGCCAUCCUGGCGCUCUCACUGCCCGUCACUGUUAGCUGGAUCCUGAUCCUCUGCACCAGAUCCGUCGCCUGGCUGUACAUCGCGAGACUCGUCUCGGGUCUGACUCUCGGGGGCGUGGUCUUCGUCAUUCCUAUUUACGUAGCCGAGAUUGUAGAGCCAUCCGUCAGAGGACCUCUCAGCGCCGUCUUUCAGGUGGCUUUCAACAUCGGCAUACUGUACGCCUAUGUGGUUGGAGCCGCUGGUCACUACACUCUGCUGAACCUCACGUGCCUCGCCCUUCCUGUCCUCGCCGUUCUUAUCUUCGUGUGGAUGCCUGAGGCUCCCCAGUAUCUGCUAACAAAGGACAACCGCGCAGGCGCAGCGAAGUCGCUGCAAUGGCUUAGGGGCAAAAGUCACAACGUGGAGCAUGAACUUCAGCAGCUGAAGGAAGUCGCGGAGAAGGAAGCCAGGAACAGGGGUUCCUUGAAGGAUAUGCUGACGAGUCCAUUGGCUGUGAAGGCCCUCGUGAUCUCGACAGGGCUGGUGAGCUUCCAGCAGCUGGGAGGAAUCUGCGUGGUGCUCUUCUACACGGAGACUAUCUUCCAGGCGGCUGGCAGCAGCAUGUCUGCCAGUCUCAGCGCCGUCAUUGUUGGUACGGUCAUGCUCAUAAUGUCCUUCUGCAUCAUGCCCAUUAUGGAUCGGGCAGGCCGGCGCGUCUUGCUGCUCGUGUCCACCUGCGUCGACGCACUCAGCAUCCUGGUGCUGGGCCUCUACUUUCUGCUGAAGGAGCAGCUUCACCGAGACGUCACGGCCAUCAGCUGGCUACCUCUCGUGUGCCUCGUCACGUACAUCGGAGCGUACUGCCUGGGGAUCGGGCCCCUGCCCUGGGUCGUAAUGUCCGAGGUGCUUCCUCCCAACGUGAAGGGCAGCGCGGGGGCCAUAGUGACCUCGUCCUGCUGGAUAACCUCCUUCAUGCUCACCAACAGUUUCCAGACCUUCACAGACUACGUGGGCAGGUACUGCGCCUUCUUAGUGUUCGCCCUGCACUCACUCAUCGCAGCACUGUUCGUGUACUACAAGGUACCCGAGACCAAGGGAAUAUCACUACAAGAAAUCCAGGAUAGACUGGCUGGGAGGAAGGAGGGAAACAUCAACGGCUCAGUUUCGAUAUAAGCCCUUGUGAAUUAGGUCGAGAGAAAUUCAAGCAAAUGAAAUAAUUUGCGAGUCCUCGAUAUACAGUAGCACCUCUGUUCUAAGUCGAAAAGUCGUCAGUCGGGUUUGUUAUAACACAGACGUGCGGGGUUACGCUCCUGGACCUAACGGUACAGAUUCAUAUUUCGAUACUGUAAUACCUGUCACUCUACAGUUCCAUUCAUUAUAUUGUAAAAUUAAUAAAUGGACGUCACAUAGUAUAGCACUGAAGGCUCAAACUUCUUAGAGAUAAUAUAUAAAAUAAUUUAAUAAUUUAAAAUUGUUUGUUUGUGUUGCAAUUCGAGCAUUUAUAAU